AUGGCGCCCAAGAAAGAUAAAGAGUUCUCCGUUACGCCUACCAUUGCCAAGCAUCUGGAACGGUUCAAGCCCGACUUGCGCGACAUAGAGUUGCUCCCAAACCAGAACGGUCCGGACGUGAAGGAGAUGAAGACUAAUUUCUACGCGAACACAACGCGGUCCAUCUUCUGCGCGCUGGGCUGGCCGGACACAUGCGCCAAAACGGCGCCGUUAUCGGACUCUACCUGGACGUAUAAGAAUAUCCCGUCGCUGCCUGAGUUGGACGACGAGUCGUCGGCACAGAGAGCCAAGGAUAUCGAGACCCUUCAUGCUUAUGUACAAAGAUGGUAUGGCUGUCAACGUCGUGCCGAGAACAGCGAAGGUCGUAGCGGAGCCGCGGGUGGCAGUUCGAGACUUGCGCUCCAGAAGCGGCACAUUGAACGCAUCUUUGCUUCAUUGGCGCCUGCCCCUUCGCCCGUUCGUGCACUCGAUCUUUAUCAACGAGAGCAUAGCGAGCGCUACAAAGAUGCGUUCGCGACAUACUGGCAAGACCGCCUCAAUGCCUUGGACGAUGAUGUUGCCAAGAAGGAGCUUCACAAGUGUCGAGCCGGCGAAGAGUGCCGUUUCGCUUCGCAGAGCCUGUCUCACGAGCCGAAGGACUUUGUUGGUCAGCUCGAGGCUUCCGCGCGUGGCAAGUACGACGACGCUAUGGAGCGUUACAAGUCCCUUUUUGGUAAUCCGGACCAGACGAUGGCAAACUCAUGCGCGUGGGUUGCACCCGAGAUGGGAUCUUUUCUCCAGCUCCUCGUGGACUGGCUCUGCUUGCGUUAUGGUGUCGCAAUAACGCUUCUCGUUGCAGGGCAGCAUGACACGGGCCGUGGCGACUGUCAAACUAUUUUCGGCUCCGGUGCGAGACGCGCCGGUUCAUCAACGUUAUUGGACUUCAUGGGCAUAACGUUGCGCGACGCGAAGAUCCAAAUGCGCAUGUACGCACAGGAUGUUCUCACAGGAGAGGUCGCAGAUGGUAUAGAGGAGAAGGCAAAGGAUGGGAAAGGCGCCGACGACGCGUCUGACGACGAAGAGGAUCUCACUGGACCCAUGUUCGAAGCGGGUGGAUCUCGCACCAUGAAUACUGCACCUGCAGGUGUACCUCCUGUUCAGUGCGAACGCGGACGAGGACAUUCUCGGGCACCACAUCAGCCGUCUCGCUCGAUAAGCUCUUCUCCGUUGGGCCACGGGCUCGAGAUGGAUACCUUCUCUAGCAGGCGCGACGACCAGCUGUCUGCGCCAGGCGCACUGCGCAAAGGAGCAGACGCACGCUCAGGGGCAGGGGGCGAUGACCGCGAUGCGCGCGCGAAGGGCGCUGGCCAGGACAGUCGUCCGCGUCCUCCUAUCCUGGACCCUCUGGGUGGUCUGGCUCGCUACGGAGGUUCUUGUGAUGGAUCGCAGGCUCCCGGGAGUUAUAUGGGCUCUCAGAGCAGGGAGCAGGAUCGCGGCGCAGGUGGCAAUCGGCACGGCGGCGGCUCGUCCCUUGAGCCUUUCGGGUCGCAACUCGGGUCUCGCCCGGUCAUGCCCAACCAACGCAUAACGGCUGAGACUGCCCGCGCACUGCCAGGACUAGCCGCAGGCGAUCGCACGAAAUAUCCGUUCGCUGCCGCGGACCCCACCGAAGACGAGGAGGAGUUGGCGCUACCGACUACUGACUGGAUGUGGCCGGCGGAACUAGACGCCAGAACCCGUCCCGCGCUGGAGGACGAUGCCGGCAGUUUCGGUGGUGGUAGGCCUCGGCUUGCGUCGCAAUCGCGAUCGACGGUUGGGAGUUCGAGCGGGGUCUCGCGCGGGUCGCGUAUGUCCAUGCCGGCCGAGACGGACGACGAGGGCAUCGACGCCGAUACCCUUCACAAGUCGAUUUACAAGGACAGGAAGCAGAAGAAUCCUGCUCCCAAGAAGCCUCGUGAGGGAUAUCAUUCGAAGCGUAGACGGGCCGAAAACGCCGUCGGCGACGCGGCUGGAUCAGGCGGGGCGGCUGGAUCGACGGCGCCUGUCGGCGAUGCGCAGACUGCUGAGGGUACGCAAGGGGCGGGUUCAGCGAGGGUGGGGAGAGACACGGAUCUGGAGGAGUGGUAUGCGGAGAAGCGCAAGAAGACGGCGCAGUCGAAACCUAGGCCGAAGCGAUUGCCGGGAAGGGUUGCGCGUACCACCGCGACGUUGGCGGAUGCGCCUGGGAGGCCUACGCGGGUGGAACCCUCUCGCGGGAAGGCUGCACUCGCAGGGACUGCCGUUUCUGCGAGCGGCACGUCUACCACUGCAACAGAUGUGGUCGAAACUGCGCCACUUCCGCGCCGACGCCAGCGCCAGUCACUCUCCGGGUCGUCACUUCAACAGUUGACACAGCCAAAGCCCGCCCGCAAGAAACCCCGCGCCGUCCUGGACAGCGACGAGGAGCAGAACGACGAGAGCAAUCCCGUCACCGGGAAUGACGACUCCGUAAUGCAGGCGAUUGACGAACACAAUGUUCCCGACAUACUAGCAUUUGAGAACGAUUGGGCGAAGCGUCACUCGGGUGCUUCAUAUGCGUCUGUAACGGGUGCAGCGUGGGAUGCGUACGCGAGGGAGAAGCGAGCCGUCGUCGUGAACGCGAUUCAUGCCCUGGGCGGCGCGGACGACAAAAGGGCAUACGCCGACGUAGUCGAGAAGAUGGAGGCUCUUCUCGCGCAUGAGUCUAGCUGGGAUCCAGCUGGUAGCAAGCAGCUGCCGAACGCGCGUCGGCCGUCCGGGGUCGGCGCGAUGGUAAAGGCCCGUGGGGCGCUUGUAGCUGCGACUGAACUGUCAGCUAGCUUCGGGCGCGACUUCGUGCGGUGGUGGAUUGCGCUCCAGCCGAGCGAACGAGCGCCCGCGACGGCCGCAAGCGUGGCAGACUUGCUUCCGGCGGGCUCGAACAUGGACUGGGCGACGUUCACACAGGCGCGGGGGUACAAGGGAGCCUUCCUACUUGUGUGGUGCCUCGCGCAUUGGGCCAUGCAUGACGACGACCGUCAGCAAUUCGCCGCGGCGGCACGCGACAUUUCAACAGUACUGGGCAUUCUCGCAGUGCUCUCGGAUAGCGGGCAGCAGUUGCGAGAGAGCGGACAGCUGGCGGGUGAUACGCGCGAGGGUUUAGGUGCUAGGGCGAGUCAGCGCCAUGUACGUUAA